AUGCUGGAGGAGUGGGAGAGUUUGUGCAUUCCAUGUUUUCCUGUGGAAUGCAUCACUGUGGACUGCAUCACUGUGGAAUGCAUCACUGUGGACUGCAUCACUGUGGAAUGCAUCACUGUGGAAUGCAUCACUGUGGACUGCAUCACUGUGGACUGCAUCACUGUGGAAUGCAUCACUGUGGACUGCAUCACUGUGGACUGCAUCACUGUGGACUGCAUCACUGUGGAAUGCAUCACUGUGGAAUGCAUCACUGUGGACUGCAUCACUGUGGACUGCAUCACUGUGGAAUGCAUCACUGUGGACUGCAUCACUGUGGAAUGCAUCACUGUGGACUGCAUCACUGUGGAAUGCAUCACUGUGGACUGCAUCACUGUGGACUGCAUCACUGUGGAAUGCAUCACUGUGGAAUGCAUCACGGCCAGGACUGGCAAGAAUAAGCGUUAA